UAGCUAGGUUAGAAACGUCAGGUUGACACGUAUGCUCACCUAAAUCGCUUGUUGAUUUUCUGAAUCGCUGGCAAAGCGAUUAGUCAACUUCUCCUGAUAUUUGGUUACUGUUCAAUCAAUACGUGAAUUACAAGGACCAUGGCUCGUUAUUUUCGGGAAGAGGAUAUCGAUGAAUUUCGUGAAUGUUUUUACUUGUUUGCUCGAAGCGGUCAGAUAAAAACGCUCGACGAGUUGACCAUAAUUAUGCGUUCUCUCGGACUGAGUCCAACGAUUGCAGAAUUAAAUAAGUACCUCAAGGAAAAAAAUGGUAAAAUGGCAUUUGCUGACUUUUUGGAAGUAAUGCAUUUACAAACAAGAGCGGAAGAUUUGCCAAGAGAAGUAAUAGAGGCUUUUAGGGCUGCGGAUAAUUCGAGCAGCGGAACUAUACCAGCCAGGCAACUUGCUCAUAUGCUUCUGCGCUGGGGAGAACAAUUGAGCAACAAAGAAGUGGAACAAAUAUUUCGCGAGGCCAAUGUCUCCCUGAACGGCCAAGUGAAGUACGAGGAUUUUGUCAAAAUAGCCUGUGCCCCUGUCCCGGAUUAUUAUUGAAGUAUUUCGGACGUUACACACUUAUUGAACGAUAAAAACGUAUUUCGAAUAAUUCAAAUUAAUUUAGCUCUAAUUAUUAUCUAUUUUUCAAAACUACUUGUAUUACAAUAAGAAAAAAGAAGAGGUCUGAAGUUUUUGAAAUUUUAAUAUAUUUGAAUGAAUGAA